AUGACUGUUUAUUCAGAGAAAGAAGAUAUCACAAGGGAUGUUGAGGCUUCAUUGGGUGAUGAUCCCCUCAAGGGGCAAAUACUCCCCAUGAACGAGGGGAGCACACAUCGUGGUAUUAAGUCUAGACAUGCACAAAUGCUCGCCAUCGGUGGCACCAUUGGAACUGGUCUAUUCGUUAGCUCUGGCCAAGCUCUGCAGUUAGCGGGCCCUGCGAUGCUUCUUGCGGGAUACACCACUAUCUCGAUACUCGUAUAUGGCAUGAUUACAGCGACAGCAGAAAUGAGCAGUUACCUACCGGUCACCGGAUGCUCAAUGGCAUACUAUGGAAGUCGCUUUGUCUCCCAGAGUCUUGGUUUUGCAAUGGGGUGGCUAUACUGGUAUUCUUUCGGAAUUCUCAUCGCCUACGAAAUUACUGCAGCCUCUCUCGUCAUUGAUUACUGGCCAAAUUCCGUUCCCAUUGGUGUGUGGAUCACAAUCAUGCUCAUUGUGAUUGUAGGCUUAAAUUUCUGCCCGGUUCGUUACUAUGCCGAGACAGAAUUCUGGUUCGCGUCUCUAAAGGUCUUCAUGAUCAUCGGAUUGUUGCUACUUUCUUUCAUUCUCUUCUGGGGCGGCGGACCAGAUCGUCAACGCCUCGGCUUCCAUUAUUGGAAAGACCCAGGGGCAGCAAAAGAGUAUCUUGUGGGAGGCUCUGGUGGGUAUUUUUGUGCGUAUUUAUACGUCACUACAUUCUCUGUCUUUGCUUUCAACUUUGCACCGGAACUCUUGGUCAUCACAGCAGGCGAAAUGCAAGAUCCCCAGGCAAACCUGCCCAGGGCCGCGAAACGUUACUUCUAUCGCCUGGUCAUCUUCUACAUCGGAGGUACAUUGGCAGUUGGUGUGAUCUGCAGCAGUAAUGCCUCAGGUCUGACAAACGGCACUGGCUCCGCCGCCUCGCCUUGGGUAAUCGCCAUCAAAAACGCGGGGAUACACGGUCUGGACAGUGUUGUCAAUGCAGUGAUCAUCACAUCUGCAUGGUCUUCCGGAAACUCUUACCUAUACAUGUCUAGCCGAGUUCUUUACUCACUCGCGAUCAGCAAGAAUGCACCGGCAAUCUUCACCCGUUGUAACCGAUGGGGUGUUCCGUAUGUCUCGGUGUCUGUGUGCUCAAUCUUUGCUCUACUUGCCUAUUUAAACCUCAGCAACAACACCAGUGAAGUGUUUAAUUGGCUGAUCAACCUCACCAAUACUGCGGGGUUCACUUCGUGGGUAUGCUGCAGCAUCAUCUUCCUACGCUUCCGCGCAGCUUGUAAGACCCAGGGCGUUUUCCUUUCCAGUCUACCUUAUCAUUCAAUCACUCAGCCAUGGAUGGCAUGGAUUUGUCUGUUUACGUUCGCAAUUCUCUGUUUGUGCAACGGAUUUACUGUAUUUUUCCCUGGUCACUGGUCUGUUUCUUCGUUCCUCACUGCUUACCUUGGGCUACCGGUGUUCUUUACGAUUUAUUUCGGCCAUCGCCUCUAUUCUUACAAACAUCCAUGGGCUUAUAAACCCGAGGAUGUAGAUCUGCACUCAGGACUAGACAGUGUUCGAGAACUGUCUAUGGGAAGGGACACGGUGAAUGAAGAGGUGGAAACAUCUAGGGCGAAGAGAUGGUUCAACAAG